GCACUUGAACGCCCCAUGUGCACGCAGGUCCGCUUCCAGGCCUCUGAUUGGACGACGGACUGUCAGUUCCGAAGCUCGUCUGUCAAAGUCAACCAAUCAGGAGGCGGUUUGUUGGCCGGUGCGCCGGUUCGCCGGUCGGUUUGCAGCUGGGAGAAAAGGGGAAGCUACUGGAGAAGGCAGCAGCAGCUUCGGUAUCGGUGCGGUGCGGUGCGGUUGUGCGGUGCUAUGGACCUCAGGGAUAAUGUCGAGACCGGAGAGACGGAGAACCACCUGGAGAACCUCACGGAGAACCACACCGAGCUGUUCUACGUGCCGGCCAAGAGGGAGCAGGAGAAGCUGUCGGGGGUCGUCAAGAACGUGCACAGAAAACUGCGCAGGAAAUACAGAGAAGUGGGUGACUUUGACAAGAUCUGGCGAGAGCACUGUGAAGAUGAGCAGACGCUGAGCGAGUAUGCCCUCGCCAUGAAGAAUCUUGCCGACAACCACUGGACCAAAAACUGCGAAGGAGAGGGACGCAUCGAAUGGUGCCGCAGUGUCUGUCAAGAGUAUUUUUUGGAUGGCGGGAUGAAGAGAAUGGUAGAAAAGGAUGAGAAAAGUGCCAUGCUCGCUAUGGUUCUGGCUGCAGCAUCUGUAUGUGCCCAACCGCACUGCACCAUCCCCAGUUCUCUCUCUCUGCUGGGGAAAAUGCGCCUUCUUGACGUGGGAAGCUGCUUCAACCCUUUCUUGAGAUUUGAUGAAUUCCUGACAGUCGGUAUUGACAUAGUGCCUGCAGUUGAGAGUGUGUACAAGUGUGACUUCCUCAACCUUCAGCUCCAGCAGCCUCUCCAGCUGGCAAGUGACGCGGUAGAAGCCUUCCUCCGCCAGCUCCACAACCCCAUCGACGCGCUGCCCGCGCAGCUUUUCAACGUGGUGGUCUUCUCCCUGCUCCUGUCCUACUUCCCCUCACCGUACCAGCGCUGGAUCUGCUGCAAGAAGGCCCACGAGCUGCUGGACUUGCACGGCCUGCUGCUCAUCAUCACGCCCGACUCCUCCCACCAAAACCGCCACGCCCUCAUGAUGCGCAGCUGGCGCGUCGCGGUGGAGUCGCUGGGCUUCAAGCGCUACAAGUACGUCAAGUAUUCCCACAUGCAUCUCAUCGCAUUCCGCAAGGUGUGUCUGGCCACCACCAGCGACCUGGUGUCACGCAACUACCCGGAGAUGCUCUACAUCCCUCAGGACUUCCACUCCAACGAGGAGGAAGAAUGUGCCGACGUGCCCGUGCAGGUGCGCUCCGAUUUCGAGGAUGACCAGAUGGCUUGGGGCUUCACGGAGCUACCUGACACGCCCUAUGAUUCAGAUUCUGGGGAGAGUCAGAGCAGCUCGGUGCCUGGUUUCCAUGAGCUAGAAGACCCCAUCCUGCUUCAGAGCUAGGCUAAACCAGCUAACCCCCCCCCCACUCAACCCCCCCUCUCUCCUUUUCUCUACGUAACUAUCACCUCCCCUUCAACUGCUGCGCUGCCAAAUCUAACCUGCUGCAUUCUUCUCCCACUUCUCCUCCCUCUCCUCAAAACAAUGCAGUUUGCACAGUGUGAAAGAGAGAAGUUUACAGAUUAUUUUCUCAUAUCCACACUCCUCUGAGAGUACACACGCAUACACAAACACAUAUACGCAUUCGCACACACACUAAGAUGGAUAUAUUUUGAUAAAUAUCUAGGUUUUUUAAGAGUUGGAAAAGUGAAUGCCCUUAAGAUAUCUAAACUCCCCUAGCUCCUUGAUUUCCACGCCAUCUUCCAAUCAGCUUUCAAUAACAAAAAGUCAGCUUGUCUACAUCCUGUCUCUAUUUGAAUAAGCUAGUGAGGCAGGCUGCUUUAGUACAAAAGACAAAUACAGCAACCCCCAGCAGUCUGACAGGAGUUUGGUUGCACUGGAGAGAUUGAACGACUGGACUGGUACGCUUGCUUCUGUCUUAGUCAUGCAGCUAGACUUUCUGAAAAAUUCUCGAUGUGCAUUUAGUUUUCCAAAUACAAAAAAAAAAAAGAAGUUCAUUGUUUUGAAACAUAUAUAUAUAUUCUCAAAAGUCAAAACAUUGGUGUCGUCCAGUGUAAAGUGUGACAAUGCCGUUUUAACUUGGCAUCCUCUGAAUGAUUUGUGUAUCUUUUACAAGAAAGUGGUAUUUGUAGCAUUUUAAAACAUUUCCAGAACCAUACGGUAGGAGUAUUACUAGGUUUACUAAUGUGAAACUGUAACUGUGUUUACUCAUUGUGUAACAAGGUACGAGUGUUUCAAAGUAGGUAUUAGAAUUUUUUUCCUCCUCUCGUUGUCCUCACAAAUAUUAAGACUGAAUUAUCUCCUGUUAGAUUUCCAAUACAUGUUUGUUCUCUAGCAGAGGAAUAGUACAACACUGCAAGUCAGUGACCCAUAUCAAACGGACUUUAAAAGCACCAGUAUCCUUUGACACAAUUUUGUAACUUUGAUGUGAAACUACAGUUAAGCCUCGAAAAAAGAUCUGAGCUCCUCACAGGAAAAAAUUCACCUUGACAAGAAGAGAUUUGCACUAAUUUACCGUUUGGUCACACAGAAGCUCUGAAACAGGUGAGAAACUGUAGAUUUUAGCAAUAGCAAGCGAGACCAGAUGUGAAGAUACUGUGUCCGACGGAUGGAGGGGGAGGUUUUAGCUAAAGACACUACCAGAUGAAAUGCUAGUGUGUGUUCCUGCCUGUCCCUGAACGGGCGAAAUGUGCCGGUGUGGUUGGGUUUGUCAGUGUGAAUGAAGGAAUGUUGAUGUGUUGUUGUCAGUGGCACUUUAUCACUGAUCCCAAAGGGUGUCACAAAAAAUGUAAUUAUUUUCCUAUGAUGACAGUUUUACAACCAAUAUGAUGGGCCCAUAAGAUAAUACCAGUACGUCGAAGGUGCCUUCUUUGUUCACAUUUACUGUAUGUUGCAAGCAGACUUUCAUGCCCCCUGGAGAAAACGGACAGAUAUCACGCUUCUUUGGUCAAACAGUACAUACAUACAAACUAUCCAGUUCUCCUCUGUCAUAUUAAUAACAAGAAACAUUUCCAGUGUUGAUGUAAUGCAGUGUGUUUGUCGCCAUUCCCAUUAUCAUUUUCCAGUUAAUGCACAUUUCUCUGCUGAUAUCUUCUCUGUUUUAACAGAAACAAACACAUUUCACAGUACCACACAUAUUCAGAAGUUUUGUGAUUAAUUGGUGCAUUUGUCUUCCAAUGUUUCUUUUGGCCCAUUCGCAUGAGUUGUUUCAUCUUCAUUAUCAACAUUUUCAACAAUGCAGAACAAUGUGUGCUUAUAGUAUGGUUGUAUUUCUCUUUUAUAAAUGAAUGUAAAUGUAAA